AUGCUCUCGAGAGGACUUCUGGCGUUCAUUAGCGUCUCUGUCACCUUCAUUGGUGCUAACGCUGCCAAUGACUGGUCCAAACCAUGCUUCGACGGCGAGUGUGCCUACGAUCUUCUUCCGGGAUCGGGAGGGUCUGGUAUCAUUAAACUCUUUGGAUCCUCGAAGUCUAUCAGUGAUUUCACUCCUGCUGCUGGAUGGGUUGUCCUUGAUUGCGACCCCAAUGUGGUUGAUCAGGAAAUACGCCUCGUCUGCGAGAAUGACGACGCGGAAUCGGGAUGUCAACAUGUCUUUGACCACCAUGGCCCGGUCGACAAGAUUGUUCGACUUCCUGAGAGUUGUGGUAGCGGUCCAUUCGCAAGGAUUGCGAGCAUGAUGGUUGCGGAGGACCAGUCGCUCCCUGAACACGCACAAGGGAAGGUCAGCCGCAGGGAUGGCGCUGCUGCUGAAGUACAUGUUGUCCGGCUCGAUGGUAACUUCGCCGCAGUCGACCCCGCAAAAGUCGGCGAAGUCAACUUUGCUUUCGUUGGGGCGACAGUACCUGGUUUGGAUUUGAACGCUGCAUUCGAGGACGGUAUCUUUGAUGCCAUCGGUAACUGGGUCUCUAAUGCUGCUAACACCGUCGCCACUGCUGUCACCUCUGCUGCCAAGAGCGUCGCUACAUGGGCUGGCAAGGCUUACCAAGACGUUUCAGCUAUGAUAGCUAACAAAACCAGUUUCGAGAUUGCUCCCAAGGUUGAGAGCUCCGACAUAUCUCUGAACGCCGAUGUUGUCCUUUCGGAAGGCUCUGCCCCACCAGCGUGCCCCGGUGGCAUCCAUCCCAAGGUUGAUGUAGAGUUCCACAGCAAGGGUUCCAUCAAAGUUAAAGCUGGGAUCGUUAUCGUCGGCAGCGUUAUUCCCCCCAGUAUCAAGGAGUUCUCGGCCUUUGGCGGUAUCAGCGGAGGUGUCGAUGCUAAGCUACAUAUCGACCUUGCGCUUUCGGGUGGCUUCCACUAUGAGAAGCCAUUGCUCAAGGACUUGGGCCUCCCUGGAUUGAGUGUUCCCCCUCUCAUUACCAUUGGUCCCUACGUCUCUUUGGACGCCAUUGCUCAAGGUCACCUCGACCUCGCUGUGACGGCAGAUAUCCACCUCGCUUAUGACUUCAAUGAUCUCGAGUUAUGGUAUCCGAAAGCACACAGCAACCUCACGAAGGAGAAGGGUGUCAAGAGCAAAGACACUGAUCUCGCCCUCCAAGCCUCCGCUCAUUUGAGUGCAAAAGGGUUCGUUCAAGGGACGAUUACCCCUAAAGUCCAUCUCGGCAUCUCUGCUAUCGGAGGCGCCGUUUCUGCGAGUCUUUGGGUCGGCGCCGACGCUUGGGUCCGAGGAACUGUCGUUGCCGAGGCUGAUGCAUCUGUCAGCGCUGGAGCUGCUCCUGCGGCCAAAGGAGGUAAAGCUGCUGCACCAGCGGCGAAGGCUGCCGCUCCCGCAAAGGGUGGUAAGAAGGGGAAGCGAGCCUCGCUCGCAUAUGUGCCACCGUACUCGCACCUCUUGAGAGAGCUCUCUGAGAGGAACUCCAUUGCCUUCAGCGGUUGCUUCUGGAUCGACGCUGGUCUCCACUUGAAGGGAGGUGCAGAGGGCUCGAUUGCCGGUUGGAAGGCAGCUGGUGAUCUCUCGAUCUGGGAAAGCCCAGCUUGGGAACUAUUCCAUAAAUGCUGGGCCGCUGGUGCCGCGAAGGAGUCGAAGACAAGCAAGCCUACUUAUACGCUCAAGGAUGUUGAGAGCUUGUCAAAGGGCAAGCAAGAAUGUUCAGCGCAUGCUGAGGUGUCGUCACCCAUUACCGAUAAGGUCGCGAGUAAAGUGUGA